AUGUUUGUAGUCAAAUACAGCCUCAGCUUCUUCCAAAUUAAAAAUGAAAGAGAACAUUUUGGUGAAGAUGUUGACAAAACUUUUAUUGAUGUCUAUGAAUUAAUGAUGAUAAGUGAACAAGAACUUCUCUCAAUUUUCCCAUCAAGAUUUCAGAAAGAAAAACGAAAUGCCAAAAGGAAAAUCUAA